CCACUGACCUAAAAAUAGAACAAUUUACAUCCUGUAUUUCACAUAUUUAGAGUCUAACAUAUACCAGAGUCUACUUCUACCAGUGAAGCAGAGCUAGCUCAUUUCGUUGGUCUGUAAUUCCCCUACCGUUGAAAAUGUUUCUAUCGCCAAAAGUAUUGACACCAUGGCUGGUCGUACUAGGUGUGUUGGGACUGGCUGAAAACAAGGAGGUGGUGCAGAUGUCCAUGCACAAGGAGAUUAACGUCCCAGUGGGGGACAGCGGUCAAGGGGUCAACUGUGGAAAAAAUCCCGUCAACUUGACCUGGACGCCGAAAGACCUUUCACCUUCAGGAGAGGUCACAGUUUCUCUCUACUUCACACCACCUUACGAAAUGGCAACCGGCAGCUUUGACGCUAGGCUGUUCGAAGCUGGAUCACAAGUGCCUAAGUUCGAGUACGGGGACCAGUUCGACUGUGGACUGGCUAAACAGUACGGUAUCCCGUGUCCUCUGAAAAAAGGCGUUCCUUUUGCAAUGACAAAGACGAUCACAAAAUUAAGCUUUUUGUCUGGUCAUGCGGGUCUUUACAUCGGUAUCAUUCAACUGUUUGAUGAUCAAGACGUGGAGAUGUUCUGUGUUAACAUGACGGCGCGUGUUCUAACUUCGUAAAAAUACACAUAGACGUGAUCAAUCUUAGUCACGUCUAAGAUUACAUUGUACAAACAGUAAAACAGAUCUAUCAUCGUGUGCUGUGUGUAUUGUGUGUUCGAAAGAUUCUCCACUGUGGAAAGUAUGAUCAGCGAAUGAUUUCACUGUUGCACAUUCAGAUUUUUAAAAAUUUAAGUAAAGUUAAUUUUUAUUCCA